AUGGCUUACCUUCUUGAACAUGGUUUCACAAGAGGACAAGCUGGUAGAACUCUUUUCUUAAGAAAAAUUGGUAAACAACUUCUUAUUGCUCAAAUCUAUAUAGAUGACAUUGUGUUUGGAGCAACUCUUGACUCGCUUUCUUAUGGAUUUGCUAAUGAAAUGAAAUAUGAAUUUGAAAUGAGUAUGAUUGGUGAACUGAAUUUCAUUUUGGGCAUUCAAGUUAAACAAACAAAUGAGGGCAUUUUCAUUUCUCAAUCUAAGUAUGCUAAAGAUUUUGUUAAGAAGUUUGGAAUGGAAGGAAAGACUCAUGCUCGUACUCCUAUGAGCACUUCAAUAAAAAUCAGAACAAAUCCUACAGGUAAGAACAUUGAUCCUACACUUUAUAGAAAUAUGAUAGGGAGUUUGCUGUAUAUUACAGCAAGUAGACCCGAUAUUACCUUUAGCGUUGGUGUAUGUGCUAGAUUUCAUGCUAAUCCUAAGGAAUCACAUCUCACUGCAGUAAAAAGAAUUCUAAAAUAUCUAAGUGCUACUGUAGAUUAUGGGAUUUGGUAUUCUAAAGAUUCUAACUUGACUCUAGUUGGAUAUUCGGAUGCUGAUUGGGUUGAGAGUGCAAAUGACAGAAAAAGCACAUCAGGAUGUCGCUUUUAUAUAGGUGGAAAUCUGGUUGUAUGGAUGAGUAAAAAGCAAAAUUCCAUUUCCUUAUCUACUGCUGAAGCCGAGUACAUCGCAAAAUGA